AUGCUAUUUUUCUCAUUCUUCAAGACUUUAGUGGAUCAAGAGGUUACUGUUGAACUCAAAAAUGAUAUCGAACUCAAAGGUACCCUCAAAUCUGUGGACCAGUUUCUCAACCUAAAGCUCGACAACAUUUCAUGUUCCAACGAAGCAAAAUACCCUCAUCUUUCCUCUGUGAGAAACAUUUUCAUCCGUGGUUCUACUGUCAGGUACGUGUACGUGGACAAGAACAUGGUUGAUACAAACCUGCUUCAGGAUGCCGCCAGAAGAGAGGCAAUGAGCGCCAAGAAAUAG